AUGAACGGAGACAUUGCUAUGGCUAAUUUUACCGUGCCAACGAUGGAUUUUGAGGCUAUUUCUAACGUAGCUGACGAGUUCGUCAUGCAAUAUUACACGGUCAUGAACAAAUGUCCUCAACAUCUCCACCGGUUCUAUUCCCAUGAUUCCUCUGUCAUACACGAAGAUGCUCCCAUUUUUGGUCAAGAAAAUAUCUUCAACGCAUUCAAGGAUAUGCCUUUGACCGAUACUCAUGUGCUGAUUCAUAAGGUUGAUGCCCUUAGGUCGGUACUAAAUAGCAUCCUUGUACAGGUUUGUGGCGAAGUAAGCAUAGCCGGUGCACCUCCCAGGCGAUUUAUGCGUAGUUUCACGCUCUGUGAGAAGAAUACGCGCAACUUCUACGUAUUGAACGACAUUUUUCACUACCAGGAUCGAGUGUUUAUCCCAGAAGGUCAUAAUGUGGAACCGGAACAUGGUAAGUAG